CAAUGAAAGCAUUCAGUGUUUCGUCUGCUCCCCCACAGAGACUGCUCUGGGCGCGCUGGCCCGCGUCCUGAGGGAAGACUGGAAGCAGAGUGUCGAUUUGGCAACCACCAUCAUCUAUGUCUUCUUCUGCUUCUCCAGUUUCUCCCAGUUUCACGGCCUGAUCACACACUACAAGAUCGGAGCGCUGAGCAUGAGCAUAAUUGAGCAUGAGCUGAAGCGCUAUGACCUGUGGCAGGACGAACUGCAGAAGAAAAAGAAGGCUGGGGACGAUGACCCAGACAAUCAGAACCUGAAGAAGGAGUACGAGAAAGCCCUGAAGAAGUACCAUGGACUGCUGACCAAACAGGAACAGCUUUUGAGAGUUGCUCUGUACCUGCUGCUGAAUCUGUCUGAGGACACUCGCACCGAGCUGAAGAUGAGGAACAAGAACAUUGUCCACCUUCUGGUGAAAACGUUGGACAGAGACAGUGAGGAGCUACUGGUGCUGGUGGUGUCCUUCCUCAAGAAACUCAGUAUCUUCUUAGAAAAUAAGAAUGACAUGGCAGAGAUAGAUACAGUAGAGAAGCUGGCAAAACUAGUGCCCUGUGAACAUGAAGAUCUCCUGAACGUAACUCUUCGUCUCCUCCUUAAUCUCUCGUUUGACACUGGCCUCCGCAGCAAGAUGGUGCAGGCGGACCUUCUGCCCAAACUCACCUCACUGCUAGGAGACGAAGCGCAGAGACAGAUCGCCAUGUGCAUUCUGUACCACAUCAGUAUGGACGACCGUUUCAAGUCUAUGUUUGCCUACACGGAUUGCAUUCCACAGGGGGCGAUGUUGACAACCCUUGACCACUUCAGCCCAGGCCUGGACCUCUGCCCACUCCCUUUCCCCCCACGCUCCCUUCCUGGACCCCUACUGUCCCCUCAGGUAAUGAAGAUGUUGUUUGACUCUGGUGAGGAGAGGAUUGACGCAGAGCUCAUUUCCUUCUGCAUCAACCUGGCUGCCAACAAGAGGAAUGCCCAGAUUAUGUGUGAAGGCAAUGGUCUGAAGAUGCUGAUGAAGAGAGCACUGAAGCUAAAGGAUCCUCUGAUGAUGAAGAUGAUCCGAAAUAUAUCUCAGCAUGAUGGGCCUUCUAAAAAUCUUUUCAUUGAUUAUGUUGGUGACCUGGCGGCUCAGAUCGGACUGAAAGAAGAGGAGGAGUUUGUGAUUGAGUGCUUGGGAACUCUUUCCAAUCUCACUAUUCCUGAUCUUGACUGGGAACUUUUGCUAAAGGAGUACAACCUGGUGCCUUAUCUCAAAGACCACCUCAAACCAGGCUCUGCAGAGGAUGACCUCAUUUUGGAGGUGGUGAUCAUGAUUGGCACUGUCUCCAUGGAUGACUCCUGUGCUGUAAUGUUGGCCAAAUCAGGCAUCAUUCCUGCUCUAAUAGAGCUGCUGAAUGCCCAGCAAGAAGAUGACGAGUUUGUCUGUCAGAUUGUGUACGUCUUUUACCAAAUGGUGUUUCACCAGGCCACCCGAGAUGUCAUCAUAAAAGAAACGCAGGCUCCUGCAUAUCUCAUUGACUUGAUGCAUGACAAAAAUGCAGAAAUACGCAAAGUGUGUGACAAUACAUUGGACAUCAUUGCUGAAUAUGAUGUGGAGUGGGGUAAGAAGAUCCAGAGUGAGAAGUUCCGCUGGCAUAACUCUCAGUGGCUGGAGAUGGUGGAGAACCGGCAGAUGGAUGAGGCAGAGCCUUUCAUGUAUGGAGAUGAUGGAGAACCCUUUCUCCAAAAUGGUGACAUCCUGGAACGGCCAGACCUCUUCUACAGCGCAGAUGGAAUAAUCCCAGCAGAUGGUGCCAUUAGUCCAGAGUUCUUCACCGACUUCCAGAAUGGAGACCUGUUAGGACCGCAGGGUUUCCCCAGCAGUUCUUUGACAGACGGGUACGGACAGAUGGGUGUCACUCCAGCACGUCCUGCCACGGCUUAUGGCUUUCGACCUGAUGAGCAGUUUUAUUACGGUUACACGGCAUCACGUUAGGAGAAUGUAAGGAAAGACCUAAAACCUAUUAAAAACCAAUUAAAUGGUUCUCAAAAGAUGCUAGUUAAGUCUCUUUACCAUUUCGAAUGAAAGCAACACUACUGAUUUUCUUCAUCAUCAGUAUUUUCUUCUGUGUAAUAUGUGUAUAUUACAUUCCAUGUGAAUCUCCAUCUGAAUGUGUUUUAAGCUGAAUGUUCUCCGUGAAGCUAUGAUUUGCAGCGCUCACUUUGAGCUCGAUCAUGUAGUUUUAACAUGUCCUACUUUAGCCUACUGUGUGUUGCUUGUCAACACUGAAGAAACUAAUGGCACCGCAUUGCCUUUUCUGUGCAAUACAACAAAAGUAGGAUUUUAGUUGCAUGCUGUUUCAGUGAUGUAGGUGAGUUAAGUUAUGAUCGUUGAAAACACCAUCUAUUUGUGCAUUCAAGCAAAUCUGUUUAAUGCAUGACAUUUGCUUAAGUUUCUGGAAGAAAAAUAUUUCAUGUACUUAAAGUCAAUCAUUGUCAUAAUAGGAUUCCUUCAGUUUUGCAUAUGUUUACAUAAAGCAACUGAUCUAAUGGUCAUUUUAAUGAUAGUGGGUCACAUAUGAAAUAACAUUUUGUUAAAAUCCAUUUCAUACAUGACAACACAGCACAGUGCCCACGGGAACAAUAAUGUCACUUUACAGUCUUAAUAUCUACUCACUAAUGUGAUCGUGCAAACAUUGUUGCCUGUUUCUUUGCUUUUGAUACUGUAGUACCAGUUUUAUAACACAUCUUGGCUUGGUGCACUGCUAACAGCUUCAUAUGUAUUUUCUAAUGUAGCCAAACUCAAGUGUUCUUUUGAAAUAAUACUGGUCUCUUCAUGUGCGUUUUAGUAUUUAUGAAACUCUGUUUCAUUGGUGCCUGAGACUUGUCUUGAUUACUGUUUUAUAUAAAUUGCCUUUUUAUUUAAUGUGCUGCAAUAUGAAAUACAUAAAUUGAUGUGCAAAAGCUUUCCUUGCGUAUGUUACUUUGAUAGAAAUCUUUUGCAUAUGGUUGGGUAAGCAAAUGCUUACCUUGUUUACUUUCAUUGAUUGCAGUGAAAUGCUGUGCAUCUCAUUCAUUCUUAAUCAUUCACUGCCAUCAUUCAGACAUUCCUUAAAAGAGUGGUUAUGCAUAUUUAUGAAUUGACGGACUGUCUUAUUGUUAAUGUGGAUCUCAUAAAGGGAGCCAUCUCCAUAUAACACAGAUCUCAGUGGUUUUGCUGAAUGUACCUGCAGCGCACAUGUGGCAAAUGUACUUUACUUGUCACUCAACAUUUGUUCAUUACAACAAACAGCAGCUCGCUGUCGAUAUGUCACAGAUCCAGAUUCCAUGGAAAACAAACCUGUCAGGCCUGCAUUGUGGGUCUAAAGUAAACAGUCAUCCCUGGUUCGUGGCAGACUUUGACAAAGCUUUGCAUUUUGGGAAAAUGUAUAAGAACCUUGUUGUUUAAACUUUGCUCAUGUUGUGUAUAUUGAAAACUACCUUGCUGAAAAUGGCACAUUUCUUUCUGAAGGAUUUCUCAUAAAGAUUCACAAAGGA